AUGAUCGAGGAGUUUUUUACCACAUUGCAAGAGCUUUAUAACUUCCUAACAAAAAGCACAAGUAGAUUCGGAAAAUUAAAGAGCAAAAUCGAAAGUUUACAGGAAGGGCUCAUCAUGAAGAAUCUUUCGCAGACUCGAUGGAUUGGCAGAGCUGAGUCAAUCAAAGCUGUAUGGGUCAGUUAUGAAACGAUGAUUGGCACUCUUCACGAUAUACACGAGUGUGAUGAAACAGAUGGUGAUGCCAAAAAGACCGCCACAAAUUUAUUAGACAAAUUAAAGUCAUUCGAAUUUUAUGUCAGUCUUUUGUUUAUGAAGAAUGUGCUUUACAAAGCGAAGAUUGUGGUGAUGGAAGUGCAAGAAAUCGAGCAAGAUAUCCUAGCAAGUGUCGAAGUACUACAGCAAACUCGAAACGAAAUGCUUCGCAUGCGCGAAAAUGAUGUUGCUAUGGAGGGAAUUAUAUCAGCAGCAACCGAGAAAUGCGAGUCCUAUGGAAUCAAUGUGGAGUACGAAUUUUCAAAACGACACCGACCACGGAGAGCACCUGCCCGUUUCGACGAAAAUUUUGCCACUGCUACUGUGCCUAGCUUUAGCCAACACUAUCGGAAAGAAAUGUUUAAGGUAUUAGAUCGUCUUGUAUCGGACAUAAACGAAAUUGAUGAAUAUUUAUCUGAUAUUGUGCUACCUAUAAUUAUUUUGCUUCCAGCAAAUUUACCCAAUUGUUCCAAGCAAGAAGUGGAAAAUUUAUGCGCAGCAUUUCCACAGGACUUCAAAGAUCCAGACGCUAUGUGUGCAGAGAUUAAGUUAAUAUCUUCCGAUAUCGAGAAAAGUGGUGCCAAAAAUCUGAAGGAAGCAGCGAAGUGUGUACUUGGAAAACAACAGUUUUAUCCCAACCUGACGAAAGCGUACCAGCUUGCAUUAACAAUUCCAGUUUCUGUCGCAAGUAAUGAGCGUUCAUUUAGUAAACUAAAACUUGUUAAAAGCUAUUUGCGAUCAACGAUGAAAGAAAACCGUCUUGACGACUUGAUGAUUUUAUCUUCAUCUGUAGAUAUAUUAGACGAACUUGAGUUGGAUAAAGUAGCUAACUCGUGGUCUAUAUAUAAAUCAAGAAUGAUAAAAAUCUAG